UACCUAUUGGAUUUCAUGCAAAUCGUUUAUCCGUCUAAUCUGUGCCUGUUUUUGAUUGAGUUGAAUAUGCCAAUCUAAAAAAAAAAUAUGACAGUUAAUUUUUUGAAAUUAUUGACUCUUUAGAAUUACUUUUAUCUAUGGUAAAUUAAUAUAUAUGUCAGACUGAAAAACCCUUGACAGAUUCUAACUUCUACAUUUCUUUUCUAAAAAAUCAAAGCCCGAAUCAAUAAUAUUUUUGAUGAUGAUUUUACAGAACGUUUAAAUAUUUACCUACGUUUUUACUUUUUUCUGUGUACAAGGUACGGAGUCAUACAGGUGUGUUGCAACUUCAAAGCAAACUUCACAACAGCCCAGCGUAUAAUGUUAAUUAUUGGAAAACCAUCAUAGAGAUACUUAACAUCUCCUCGUAGUUACAUCAAUGAAUAAUUACCUAUACUCGUAAACAACACUGAAGAAAAAGCUUUAGAAAAACGAUGUAAAAAGGGCUGUUCUGCGUUUGACAACCUUACAUAAACAUUUGGUACAUUUGGUUGCCUGUACUUAUUACCUGUAGGUAAUAAGUACAAGCAACCAAACCUUUCAGUGUCGACUACAGCUUAUUAUAAUACACACACACACAAUCUUGCCUAAAUAUUGUUACUUAGAAGGUCUUACAACGUUUGUAAAUUCUAGGUCUACCAUGUUAAAAAUCAACAAUGCCAACCAUUUUACUACUGGCAUUAUUGAGUCUGUCGCACAGCGCGCUGGUGGAUGAUCGGACGUACUGCGCGCCACGGUUCAAUCGCUUGUGCCAAGGGAAGGGCAGACAUGUUGCGUGCCAGUUCCCUAACCCGGGCGCUGGACCGUCAUGUCAAAACUACACGCGAAUCCAAUUCACCAGUGACCUGAAGCACUUUCUACUUCAUUACAUCAAUAAACGACGACAGCGCGUGGCAACAGGCGGGGAGACCGUCCGCGGCGGAGUACGCUUGCCGCGCCCGCAGAUUAUGAUGUUAGUUAGUUGGGAUCUUGAGCUAGCGACGCUAGCGCAACGUCUCGCCGACCAGUGCUCCUUCGCUCACGACGAAUGCAGGGCCACAGUACGUUACCCGUAUCCCGGCCAAAGCAUCGGGGAGGUGCGAUGGCGCGGCGUCGGCGGCGAGGCAGUGGCGUUGGGCGUCCAUCGCGCGCUGCGUCGGGUGUUGGACGCGUGGUGCGGCGAGCGUCGGCGCGUGUUCGCGAGACAACUCACCGCGCCCUUCAAAUUGACUAGAGAUAUGUCAUGGGGCCACUUCAGUCAGCUGAUAGUGUGGCGGUUGAGUGCAGUGGGUUGCGGCGCAGCGCGGCACGGCGACCAACGCCAGCGCUUGUUGUUGGUCUGCGACUUCUCCCACACCAACAUGCUGGGCCAGCGGACCAUCGUGCCGGGCCCGUUGGCGCAGUGUCCAACGCUCACUGUGAGGCGACCGAGCAGCGCGUAUCCUUUGCUUUGCGCUCCCGCAAAAAGAGCAACUCCAGCAGAGAACUACCAGGAGAGUAUAAAAGAGUACGAUUAUAACAUAGAUACAGAUAGCGGAGAAGACGAUGAAGGAUACAGAACUACAAAAGUGAUAGAUAGAACAAUUGAAAACAGGAAAGGGUUUAAUUUCAAGACAAAAAUGGAGACCAACACGCAAUCGGCCACAAAGGCCCGGCGCUGAAGCACUCUUGCAUAGAUCCACUGAGAGCUUUCUUCGAAGACAGACUGUCGUAUCAUUCGUUUUGGAUAAGGAUGAUUCAGACCAGUUGUUCAGGGAUACAGGCUUCAGUGUUAGCUGGAGGAAACAUACACGAUGAAUAUUAAUUAUGAUUAUUAUAUUAUUUUAAACUAAUUACUUAAAUUAUACUUACCUUAUUUUUUUUUAUUUUAACAAUGUUUAUAAAAUACAAAAUAUAAUACAAAACGCUAUUGAAAAUUUAUUAAAAAAAAGCCCUCCUAUUGUACUCUACCGGCAAUGACGUAUCUAGAAGCGUUUUCGAGAGCUGUUUCAUAUAUCGGGCUAUUGUGGGGAGAUCUAAGUCUCUAUGUAAGUCGUUGUUGCGUAUAAACCACGUGGUCUGAUGCAUGAAUCGGUUCUGAAGGACCUGGAGGGGUUUUAGAAUCGCUUUUGAGCGAUGGGCAAACACUAUUCUAGCGUAUAUGUCAUUCUUGGACGGAUGCUAGGUACAGUCUCAAUUGCCUCAUUCCCACAGUGAGAUGGGACGCAGACCGAAACAAGCUGAAAGACCUAUAUAUAACUCUUCCCAUUGCAACGGAAGGGAGACCUAUAUUUCCGAUGCGGCUGCUAUUGGUCGACAUUAUUAUGUGUGUGGUGGAAAGUUGUUAUAUGUUACAAAUAGUACCUGCUUCCCGCCUAUUUCGUAUAGAUACGUGUCGCCGCCUAGCGUAUAGUAGCGUCAUUCCAUUUCAUACUUUUAUGAUUUCCGGUUAUUAUUGUUAAAUUUAAUUAAUUAACAAAUUUAAAUUACAUAAUAUAAAUUCAUCAUUGGUUAUUUUACUCUUAACAAUUGUGACGUCACGUUAUGAUUUAUAUUGUAUUUAAUUUCUCAACUUUGUGUUUCGAUAUUUUAAUAUUAUUUUACGAUCGUUAUAAAUCUCCUCUAAUUAAUUAAUGUGUUUUAGAUAGAAUUAUAACGUUUGGUUUGUAUAAUAAUACUCCGGAACUAUUAUUAAAACGUACUUGUAUUGUUAACAUAUCCGUGUUACCAACCACUAGCUUUGCAAAUAUUAUAAAAUAGAGGGUUGUUUGGCAGAUUGAUUGAUAUACUACCAUCAGCGUGUAAUAUUAACAUUAUAGCGGAAACUAUGCUGAAAUUGUUAUCGAAUAAAUUUGUGUACAGUGAAAAUAUUAUUUUACUUCUCCCACCUUCU